AUGUUUAUGUGUUUACCUUCUACUAUUGUUAAAGAAAUAUUUAAUACUCAGAUAGUGGAAGUUGUAAAAUCUACAUUAAUAGUGGGUUCAAUAUUUUUACCUAUGGCAAAAAGUGCAGUAAAUGCUCUUAAAAGAUGGCAACAAGAUUUAUCAAAGAGUGAAAUGGAUCAACUUUUAAAAUGUAUCAUGCCGUAUCUUGAUUUGUUACUUAGAACCAAAGGAUAUGAUAACGAAGUUGAAUUAAAUAAUUUAGUACUUGAUCAAAUGCAAGUACAAGGUAAUAGAAAAAGGACAUUACUUAAACAAAAUAAAUUAAUUAUAAAACCAGAGACUGAAUUAGAGAUUGUCCAAAUUCAAAUUCUUGAAUAUUUAUCUCAAUUGGAUAUGUCUACUUGUUUAGAACUUCUGGGAGACCCAGAUAGACUUAUAAAUUAUCCACGCAAUUUAAUAAAUUACAAAUUAUCAUUGAAUGAUUGUAAAAUAAACAUUUCUUUUGAUCAUCUUCUUCCUAGAAUUUUAGAGCUAUGCCAAUAUUGUAGCAAUCGUCAAAUUCGAUUUAAUGCAUGUGAGAUUUUUCAUGCCUACAUUAUACUUUAUCUUGGAAAUAAUCUUACAUUAGAAUGUUCUAAACCAACAGAAAUGGAAAUAGUUACAACAAAAAUUAUUCUAAUAUAAGUUAGAAUAAUAUAGUUAUAAAAUUAGCUUGUGAUAUGGAUAAUCUAAUUUAACAACUUUUUGAACUUUUAGCAAUUGGGUUUGUGCAUUAUUUUGCAAGUAGAAUCCAGUAUAAUAGUAUUUAUAACCCUAUAAUUAUUGAUAUAUUAAUGGAUAGUAUAUCAGAAAAUAGCAAUGAAGUCGUCAGAGAUUUUUCUGCAAAAUGUAUUAUGGAAUUUUUACGUUGGACAUUAAAAUGAUAGUUUAUCACAAAAACUUUCAAUUAGCUUGCGUAUUAUUAUAAAAAAAAUUAAAUUUUUUUGUUUGCAUCCUAAUCCAAAUAAGCAGCUAGGAGCUGCUAUUGCCUUUAAUUCUUGCUACACUAUACUGCGAGAAGAUGAAACUAUUAUUAAUGAAUUGUGGAUUCAAUUAUUAUAUUAUUUUAUUGUUAAACUUGAUUCGACCAAAUCAACAAAUUCAGAACAACACAUAUUAAAAUCCUUGGAUCAUCUACAAAGAGUGUUUUUAGAAAAAUCUAACUUAUUUAAUGAAAUUUGUAUUUCACAAAUAAUACCAAAACCAUUUCUUGGAACUCAAUUAUUUAAUGUAGUUAAAUGGCUUUUAAGAUAUAUUGGUUCACCAAUGACCAAUUGUAGAUCAAAGUGUUUUGAUAUGGCAAAUUCUCUUUCUAAGAAUGUAAAAGGUAAAAAGAAUCAUAAUUCGUUAAAAAGUAUAUUAAAUUCAUUUAAAAUAUUGCAUGGAGAAAAAGAAUUAAUAAACUGUAUUGAAUCAGAUUUAACUUCAUUUAAAGUUUAGAG